AUGACACUACCUCUCACUUUGUUGGCCCUCCUCGCCACCAGACUAGCCGCGGCACAACGGGUGAUCAAGGCGGAGAUCUGGAAGCCCCAGGUAGCAGACAAUAGCACGACUGUUGACGCGAACGACACGCUGUCAACACGGUCUAUUGGCACACUGCUCACACCUAGACCAGACCGAUCACUAUACUGGAUCAAUAUCACGAUCGGCACUCCAGGCCAACCACAAUCACUGCAACUCGACACAGGUUCGAACGUGAUCCUCAUACCGGCAACUGGCUCAAGUCUCUGCAGCUCGAGCCUGAUACCUUGCGACGUACUCGGAAGCUUCGACAGUUCAAAGUCAUCCACAUUCUCCAAUACCAAUCAAGCUACAGGCGAGACUUUCACGGACGGCGCCAGUGUCAGUGGGAACUGGAUAUACGACACCGUCGGCAUCAGCGGUGCAAGCGUGACUUCGCAGCUCGCUAUUCUUGGUACGAGUGGUAGCAGUAUUACGGAAGGUGUUCUUGGUGUGGGCUUUCCAGCCAGCUGGCCGACACUCAACCAUAAUCUUGCUACACAGAACCUCAUCUCGAGUAAUAGCUACAGCUUAUGGCUUGAUAAAGCUUCAGCCGCUAGCGGUACUAUCCUGUUCGGUGGCCUGAAUCUCGCUCGCUUCACAGGCGCGCUUCUGAAGAUACCUAUUGUCGGCAGUACAAACGCGGAUGGCAGUAUGUCAUACAACCAAGCCACUGUCCAACUUACCCAAGUAUCGACCCUUAACGGCCUCCUUCCCGUAAUCCAGACACCAUUGACAUACUCCGAGAACGCGAUUCUGGACACAGGCACCACCCUUACAAUCCUCCAACAAGAUCUCGCAACCAGCAUAAUCAAUGCCAUGGGAGCACAAUACUACCCACUCGGCUCAACAUCCGGCAAUGCCAUCAUACCUUGUCAAGCGGCUACCAACAAUAACGGUCCAAGCAUCAACUUCCAUUUCUCGAACUUGCUCACUGGUCCAACCAUAAACGUACCACUAUCUCAGCUCGUCGGCACGGUCCUGGGAAGUCUGAACGGUAUCAGCUAUUGCCAAUUCGGUAUUUACAGUGCUCCUGCCGGAGCAGGCUGGCCUACAAUUCUAGGCGACACGUUCUUGAGGAACGCCUAUGCAGUUUAUGAUCUCGAUACCCACCAUGUUGGUCUGGCACAAGCGGUGUAUGAUUCGAAUGUGGUCGAUAACAUUAUUGAGAUCCCUGCUGGUGGGAUACCUACCGGGAUCGUGAUUGGGUAG